GAUUCUUCAACACUUUCAAAUUUAAGGACGAGUUUUAAAUUGAGGAGAACAAUAUGCAAAUUGUUGACAUAAUAUUAUUGAGCCAUUGUAAGUUAUUUUAACUUGAGGAUAUCCCAUUUGGGUGUUUGGGCUUUGCCCUGUCAACGAACUCCAACUCCAAAACAACCUAGGGGCUACUUGGCGCUGAAGCCCUUGUCUAAAAAUCCCAAACCCCUAAAGUACCCUAACCGAAAACCAAAAUCCUCAGACUCAAAUAGCCAAUCAAAUGGCAGGAGGCCGAUUCAGAGAACUCCUAAGAAAGUACGGCAAAGUAGCUUUAGGUGUCCACUUCUCCGUCUCUACAGCCUAUAGUGGCCUCUACAUCGCCAUCAGAAAUAACGUCGACGUCGAGUCGCUUUUCGACAAGUGGCAUCUUCCCGGAAUCUCUACCAAGGAUUCCAAUCACUCCAACCCACCAUCCCAACAACAACAAGAAGUUAAAUCCGACGAUGGGCUUGUUACUGAAGAGAGAGAAAAAUCGACGUCUGUAGAGGAGGAGGUGAAGAAGAGGAAUCGGACGGCUGAGCUUGCUUCAUCCGCUGGUGGAGCCCUUGCUCUGGCUGUGUUGUGUAACAAGGCACUAUUCCCAAUACGGGUUCCCAUAACAAUCGCUCUUACGCCUCCGGUGGCUAGGUUCUUGGCUAGGAGAGGGAUUAUCAAGAAGGGUCUAUGAUUUUGCUUGUUUAUUUGGAUUUUUUUAAAACCCCCCGUUUGGGUAACACAAGUUUUUCUUUUUUCUUUUUGGGUUGGCUUCUCUUGGAUCUGUAAAUGCUAAAUGAAACAGAGAGGGAUACAGGAAAUAGGAUCAUGUGGCUAAAUGUGGUAUAGUUCUUGGUCGAUAUUGGUUUAUGAUCUCAAAUGGCACCAAUAAAUAAUAUAGAUUUAUCGUCUUAA